AUGGCGGCGUCCACUGGCGGGUACAGCCGGUUCGUUUCCGCUUCUAGAAAACUGGGAAGUUAUUUGUUUAAAACGGCACUUAUCGGCCAGGUUGCGACGAGCAGCGGCAACAUGGACCGUGGAAGGCCAGCUAAGCUGGAGUUCGCAGUGCAGAUGACAUGUGAGAGCUGUGCAGUGAAAGUCAGAGCAGCUCUUGAGGGAAAACCAGGAGUGCAGUCGGUCAGUGUGGAUGUCAGUAAGGAGGCGGUGUUGGUGGAGUCUGUUCUGACCAGUGCAGAGGUGCAGGCUCUGAUAGAAAGCACGGGACGCCAGGCUGUGCUAAAGGGCAUCGGAGGAUCAGAGCAAGACCUGGGAGCAGCGGUGGCCAUGCUGGCUGGCGUAGGAAAGAUCCAGGGAGUGGUGCGUUUCCUCCAGUUGUCUACAGAUCGUUGCUUGAUCGACGGGACCAUUGACGGGUUGGAGCCCGGACCCCACGGCCUCCACGUCCACACCCUGGGGGACCUCACAGAGGACUGCCUCAGUUGUGGAGAGCACUUCAACCCCUUUGGAAGACAGCACGGCGCACCGGAGGACUCUGAAAGGCAUGUAGGUGAUCUGGGAAAUGUCGUGGCCGGACCAGAUGGCAGAGCCUCAUUUAGACUAGAAGACAGUCAGCUAAAGGUGUGGGAUGUGAUUGGCCGGUCGCUCGUAGUGGACGCGGAGGAGGACGACCUGGGUCGAGGAGCUCACCCGCUCUCCAAACAGACCGGAAACUCUGGAGAAAGGCUGGCCUGCGGCAUUAUCGCCCGAUCAGCGGGCCUCUUCCAAAACACCAAGCAGAUUUGUGCCUGCGACGGGGUCACGAUAUGGGAGGAGAGAGACCGGCCGAUAGCUGGGAAAGGUCGAAGCAAAGCCAACACAGAGACGCCGGCAGCAAACCUCUGAAGCGGACACACAAACACCAGCCGGAUCUGUGACUGUCGCAGUAAUGAUCAUCUGUGUUCGGGCAGACAGACAAUCAGAGCUGAAGCGAAGGAAGAUCGAGCAUGAACAGCUGGACAGAUGACCAAAGAAAAAUGGCCUUAUUGUAACUUUUUUUUGUUUGUUACCCCAAUGACAAAAUGAAAAGCACUUACAGUUACAGGUAGCGUCCUUUUUGAAUGUUUUAAAAGCACUAAAACAGCCUGUUGAGGUCAUCUGAUUAGCUAGAUCUCUGUUACACUGCUAAAUGUUUGCAUAACCAGAGGCCUCUGACACAGCUGUCUCAUCAUGGUGUAAAAAUGAUGUUUGAUCUGCUUUGAGAUAUUAGUUUUGUCUGUGCACUGGAUGAGAUAUAAACGCUCCUCCGUUUCCUAUUAAAAUGUCUUAAUUAUGCAAGUUUCCUAAAAAGAACUCAUCACACUAAGAUCCUGCUAGUCUCACAUCACAUCAAACACUGUGAAGGAGCUCAGAUCAUUUCAAAAGAGAAAUGUGAUUUUGGUAAAAGAUAUAUCCACAUAUAUUGAAAUUAAAGAGGAAAAUCAACACAUACACACACAGAGAUGGGAUUAUGAAAUGUGUCAUUCUGAAGCUUAUUAUAUUUACUGUCUCAGUUUUUUGACUGAGAAUGCAUAAAAACUAGCUUAAAUUGUUUAAACACUAUCAGAAAAGUUGAAACCGAUGUCUUAAAGUAAUAUUAGAUAACUAGUUUCAACACAGUUUGUAAGAACGUAGCUCAACACUGGACAAAGGAGUAAUUUAUUGUAAAUAAUUUAUUGUAAUAUUAAAGUUUUAUUAGUUUAAUGGAAAGUUUGACCAAGCCUAGCUAAACUUAAACAUGUGCAUUUAGAGGAUCACAGGUUUACAUGUGUAGCCGCCACCGCAGUGUGUUAGCUUAACCACUUCCCUCUGUUUAAAGAAGAACAAUAAAGAGAUCCUCCAACAAAAAAAGGGAACAACUGAGCCCCCCCCCCCCCCCCCCAAACAUAAAGAGAUAAUCUGCACCGUCAUCGGCUGUUCCUGCCUCAGUGUGUUCAUUAUGAAUCCAUAAGGUGGGGUGAGUGACUUGGAUAAGAGAGAUGAGGGGAAAAGCCUGGAAGAGAGAGAGAGUCAUAUUCCACUUGGGGGUGAAAGGGCAAGAGGGGGGUAA